UGAACUGAGCUGGAACAACUUGUCACAGCUCAUUGCUGAUCCACGAAUCUGCUCAGGGUCCCGGAGUACAGCAGGAAGAGGCUCCCCUUCAAAGUAAAGCAGUUCCGUGCGUCACAGCGCUGUUUGUCUCCGCGGUGAUUUCACUCGAAGCUGAAGUUCAGGAAAACGCUACAGCACAGACUCCGUCCUCAUGGACCUGGAAACCGCUCAGCACAGUGAGCCGUGUCUGCCUCUGUGAGGGAGCAACAGGCUGAUUUCUGCCUCAAACCACCGCAGUGAGCAACCCACCCUGAGGUUGAGAGACGGGGUGGACUAUACCUUAGACAGGUCAACAGCCCUGAGAUGAGCUGUGGACAUACUCACAUAUUGGCCUGUGGCCAGUAAAGAAUCACCAGUUUGUCUUUGGAAUGUGUGACGAGGCACCCGGAGGAAACCCCAGCAGGCACAGAACAUGUCCACGCGGCUGCUUUGAAGCAGGCAUGUGUCUGACACCAUGAAACUGAAUCCACGGGAAGCUCUGCUUUAUGGAGACUGUGUGCUGACAGUGCAGCUUGAUGAGGACGAAGAGAAGGAAGCAGACUUUUACCUGAUUUUCUCUGGGUCUACACAAAGGCACGUGAGCAGUACACUGCGAGUGAGUCAUGUCACACUGCAGGCCAUGUGUCCAGGCCAUAAUGUGUGUGAACAGGUCUUGGUGACACUGUGUUUGGCUCGCCCUGAUGGAUCAGUGGACACACACUCGCAGCAGACCUUCUCCUUUAUACAGAGUCCAGAGGAAGCUGAGAGCCUGGCCCUGAAGCAUGUCAGCCAGCCUCACCGCAGGACUGCACCACAAGCACCCUGCAGCACACACACAGAUGUGCAGAAGGGAACGGUCACAGUGACGGACACGAACAGACCCGACACACGGAUGGAUGUCGCUUCAUUUUGGAGCAGCUGCCCUGCUGUGUGUGAGCACCAGCAGCCCUCCAGCCUGCUGCAGCUCGCAGCCAGUCAUGGUCUGAAGACGGCACCAACAUUCCUCCUGCAGCAGCCCGCAGGGAAGGAGGCAUUGCGAAGGACGAACACUCAGGGUUCAGCUCCAGCAUGUCUUGCAAAGAGCAGAGGGAAGCAGCCACUUCUGGAGCUCUUCACACACUAUGCAACGCUCCCAGAUGUUCAAGCGGAAGCUGAGGAGACACUGCAGGUUUACCCCAAAGGUCAAGUGUUUCAGUACCAUGCCAGUGUAGGUACCUACACCCUAACCUUCCUCCUCCAGAGGGAGGGGGACACAGGGACAGACAGCAGGGGGCGCUGCUGUUUACCAGAGGAAGUGAUGGAGCUGAGGAGGCUGAUGGAGGGUCACAAAUCCACCGUGAGUUCAGGCUUCCACUCGCUGGAGGAGAGAACACAAGGGGACGACUCGGCUGCUGUCAGUCAAACAUCCUGUACCAGUGGAGGUCUUUGUCAAAGAGAGGAAAAAGGGUGGGAACACCAGGGCACAGCAGCUGCCCGCACUGGGAGGAACAAGAAAAACAAAAAGAGAACCGCCAAAGUCACAAGACCUGCAGCAGAGUCUUCAGGAAACCAGAGCCGAGAAAGUGCACGGAGGCCUCGCACAGCAACAGGAAGUGGAACUCUCUCACCAAGACAACGAGCAGUGGCGACCGUGACUAAUGUCGGAGGAACACAAGAAACUCCAUCACCCAUAAGGCCAGUAUUGGGACCAGGUGUUGAAAGGAAGUGUGCUGGCAGGAAGGUGGUUGCCUUGCCUACGGCCAGUGUCGUAGAUAAACAGGAAGACCAGAAACAGGAAGUGGAGCUGCUGAUGCGUAAGCUGGUGUCAAAGACAGGAAGAGACACACAAAGUGUCAGCGCAGAAAUCACAGUGGAAUCAGCUGCAGAUGGGACAGUGGCCAUGGGUCAGGAGCAGUCCCAGGACAGUCAGACAGAGCAAGAGGAGCCAAGCCCAGUCGGCACUAUGGAGAAAAGUCCUUCAUCUGACCCGGGAGCCAGCCCCGAGUCCACACAUGCUGAAAGGAAAGGCAGGAGAGUGCUAUGGCGGGAUGGAGGCUGGACCGGAAGCAUAAUGGGACCAGAAGCAGCCGGAAAAACCAUCUGGUAUGAGGAAGAAAACUUCGGACAAGUUUCCAGUGAAGAUUCCGGGAGAACAGAAGUGAACUCGCAGUCAGUCUGGUACGACAGUGGCACCACGGGUGAGAGAAUCCCCGGACAACUGGAGCAAGGAGUGACACAGAAGAGAAACUGCGAUGCGAGCUCACCUCAAGCUUUAGGUCUUAGUUCUCCACAGCUGUUAGAGCAGGCUCUGUCUGCAGCUCCUAGUCAGUCACAUGCUGCUGGAAACCUGCCAGCGCUGUCACAUGGGCCACACGCACAAAGACGGGAAGUCCAGCGAGAGGAGGAAGUUAGGUCAGACUGGGAGAAGGCAGGAGUGGAAGGAGACAGAGAAGAGGCCAGUAACAGAGAGACAAGUUUCAGCAGAAGGAUUUGUGAAACAGCAGGCGCUGAAGAGGGAGGAGAAAAACUAGCAACGAGCAAAAAACGCAGGAGAAAGAAGAGGGGGAAGAGAGGAGGUGGAGAAGCCAAACUUAGCUCCUGCUCUAGUACAGAAUCUCAGGGUCACACAGAGAUUCAGUCAGAAAGCCAAGAAGCAACAGACCCCGGCAUCCAGUCACAGACGCAGACUGGGAGGACAGACGAUUGCUGCCUCCCUGAUUCUGAGCCGGCCCGGAAGCAGGAAGCCGAUGACGAUGCCAUGCACCUACCCGGCCACACGGAGAUCCAGGCCCGCAGCGCUCAUGGAGCUGGCGGUGAUGUUACAAGCUCAGACUCUGGUUUCAUGGCUGAAGAGCUCAGUCACACUGAGCAUCUGACAGCACACUCCACUCCAGUUACAGCUUCACACACAGAAAGAAGAAAGGACUCAUCGGAGGAUGAGACCGUGAGCUCAGAAUUCGGUGAAGCAGACGUCAGUACGGUGGACAUAAAGAUAAAUACAAGUGUGCAGCUGGAGGCAACACAAGGACGUGACCCUGGAGAGCUGGAAUCACAGAUGCCUGCCAUUCCUGUCCAGCCAGCACCGGAUAAUGCUGAUCUUGAGGCUCUGCCACCAAACGAUGAUCUGACCGUUACUUGUACAGCCACAGAGUCUGGGAUCCAGAUCGAGUUAGCAAACUCCAAGUAUCCAAAGGAAUUUGUUAAACAGUCGGAGGAUACAGAGCUCAGGGAGGAAAAGCCAGGACACUGUGUGGAUCCCACAGGAACACCAGCAGGACUUGUUGAAUCUGUGCGUCCCACAGAAGCUGCUUUUGUACCAGCUGACGAUAGAGCGGAUGUUGCUCCCCUUCACAUUCAGGAAGGAAGCACUGAGAUCACUGCAAGGGAAUAUUUAAAGCAUUGUUUGGCCCCUGAGAUGCUGAGAGGUCAGCAGCACACGGAGAAAAUGAGACAUGACAUGUGGGUGGGCGUAGAGGGAGGAGUUGAGGAAAGAAGCCAGAGUGGCGACGAGGACAGUGCCACAGAGGCGUGCUCCAUGGAGCGAGGGCGAGCGGUGAAGCAGAACUAUGAUGAAGAUGUGGUUGCUGCUGCAGUAGCUGUUGUAGCAGUAUCAAUAGCAUCAGCAGUGGUUAGCAUAGAAGUUAGCCAACAUUUAUUAGACAAUAUGUCAGAGAGUCAAGUGUGUGCUGGCAAAGAAGCAGGAACCAGUCCAUCAUUAGCUAAGGGGAGCGGUGCAGUCGGCCUCAGCACGACUCAGUGCUCACAGCUGGCUCCACAGCUGAUCGCCAGAGCUGACACAGAAAACCAGCCUGCAGCACACUCUCACUCUCACCUCACUAACCACAUCACAUCUAUAGGACAAGUGUGUGCUCACACAGCAGAGGAAGCACCUUCUGCAGAGAUAUCUUGUAUAACUAACAGAGACGAUCAGGCUAACAGUGACCUACCUUCAUGUGCUGAAGCUCUUCAGUUACCAAAACAGCCCAAAGAGAAAAUUCAAAAAGAAAGUCUGCACAGCAAAGUCUUUACAUACUCACCACCUAAAGAAGAAGAUAACAAACCUUUGCCAGAGGUGAUGACAGCUAAGGCAGACGAAGAGAGCCAGUCCCACUGUCAGAAUCCACUGACCUGUCCUGAAGAGGGAGAUGGACAGCAGCACUUUCAAACAAGAGAGAUCCCCGAUCAAGACGGCGGUCACUCUGUGGAGUGCAGAGAUGCUGAGUGGCAGGAUAGAUCAGAAGAUAGUGAGUGCUGUGCAGACCUGUCAGCCUCACACUCUCACACUCCAGGAAAGGAGAGCCAGCCACAGCUGGUUAUAAUGCCACAUCAGAGUGGUUCAGCACUUCCUGUUAUCCCCAGUAACCCAGCUUCCCUAGCUAGUCCCACUCCACAGGAAACUACUGCUCCUGUGGAAUCAGCUGAACUUCUGUCAUCAGCAAAUGGCAAUAGUCUUACUGCAAGCCAUCCUGAAGCUGACGGUGGCACAAACCAAAGAGAAGUUCACGACUGUGUCUGUGUGAACCUUGAGGAUGGUGUAUUUGAAGGUCUGGAUACGGUGGAGAAAGGAGAAGUGGAGAAGCUCACAGUGGAGGAUGCAUCCCACACAGGAGCAGCAGAGCAGGAGCAGAGAGGCUGGGACAGCGCACACACUCUGCAGAUCCAGAGAGAAAGCCAUGUGCUCUGUCCUGUACAGCCCAGUCUUGAACACAACGCAAUAACACCAUGUACAGAUAUUCACACAGACCGAGGAACGUGUGUGUCACUGUGUUUGGUGCAGGGAGAGUCGGCGGUGGAAGAUGGCCUGAACGUCACUCCUGAGCUGGAUGAUGGUCUAAUUCACAAGCCUGAGGCUCCUCAGACUGGUGUUGGGCACAUGGACAGCCAGGCCUGUGGCGCCCACUCCUCCACUAGUAAUGCACUGAUGCAAGAAGCUGUCAGUCCCAGCAAAGCAGCUUUGUCAGUGGACACAUCUGGCGCUGUGUCCCCUCAGAGCUCCACACUGUCCUGGAUGUCAGAAACGGAGGACAGAGGAGGAGGAGGAGAAAGAGGAGGAGAGGUAGAGGGAGGAGGCGAUGAAGAAGAGAAAAAAGACCAGCUUCCAGAAACUCCAGUGUCAUCAGCCGUCUUGCGCACAUCCAGUCGCUCCUUGUCUCCGUUGCGUCGCCAUAGCUGGGAGCCGGGCAGGACCAACACAGCCACACACAUGGAGCUCUCACAGAGCAGUCCGCCUGCCCCUUCCUUCAGCUCACUGAAGACCGUUUCAGGAGAGGUGAAACAAGCCAAGACCCCUCUCCACAGAAGAAGUAUGAGCUGGUGUCCAUCCAACCUGGUUUUUCCUGAUCAGGAGCAAAUAGACAGCAGAAGCCACAGUCUAGAAAGUCUAGAAGUGGGCACAGAAGUGGUGCAGGACCAGACACAGUGUGCCAGCAUCAGUGAUCAGGAGGUGGUGGCUGCAGGCAGGAGUUCACAGGUGGAGAGCCUGGACAGGGGGUCUCUGGCCUCCCUAACCGAGGAGGAGCAGGAAGGAGACAGCAGCAGCAUUGAUAGCCAGACAUCAUUGAUUGUCAGCUGUCCUGCCAUCUUUCAUCAUCCAACUCUCACCAAAUCCAUCUCCAUGGUCACCGUCACUCAGCGGGACGUACAGGCGAGUGGGUUUCCUCCAUCAAAGCGACGAAUCAGCUUCUCUGUCAGUAUCUCUCCGCUCCUCCCAAAAACUAGACGCUUCUUUUCCAUUGGCUCUUCCUCCAGUGAUGAGGAGGAGGAGGGAGGGAGUGUGAACUCAUUCUGCAGUCACUCUGGGUCACUGGCAUCCAGUAUUUCAGAGGAUGAGCCAGGUCCCCUGCAGAGCGAAACUGAGGGAAAAGGAGGGCCUAAAAUUGGUCGGAGAUUCAGCUACCUCCGCAACAAGAUGAGCAAGAAAGUCAAGGACAAGGAGAGGAGGGGGGAGGGUAAGCAAGAGAGCAAAGCACGAGAAAAGGCCCCCCUGUGCCCCCCCGGCUCCACGCUGUGUCAGCACAGCGGCAGACUCCUGUGCAAUAAGGAAACGUUCUCCUGCAACAACUGUGGGGUCCUCGUCAGUGACAGAUCCACGGAGAGCCCGUCUGUCUGUGCAAAGAACAGAAUAAAGCAAGCGGCGGUGCCAGAAGGCGUUCCUGGGUCGUCUGUUAACACGAGGAGUAAAACUACAUCUUCUACAUCAUCGCUGUCGUCAAGGUCCUCAUCGUCACGUUGGUCAACAGUAACAAUGCCCAACGACCACCUUCCUAUGCUGUCUCCGAGAAGAAACCGCAGAACCUUCAGCCCUCACAGCAACCUGGCUAAGAGCAUCUCCAUUAGCAACAUACCAUCGUUAGACGAUGCUGCACUCAAGCGCCUCAAAGUGCUGUCCCAGUCCACCGACUCUCUCCAUCAGGGGAGCAAAGUCAACGCUUCAACUGAGUCUCUCACUGAUGAAGGUACUGAGAUCACUGAGACCCAGCUGAUGGAGUUUGAAAAUGACAUUAAAGAUCUGGCAGCUGAUUCUUGGAGCGGCAUGGUGGAUAAGAAGUUCUUGAAGUCCCUGAAGAAAGAUGAAGUGAAGAGACAAGAUGUCAUUUAUGAGCUGUACCAGACGGAGGUUCACCAUGUGAGGACUCUGAAGAUUAUGUCGGAAGUGUAUCACAAAGGCCUUCAGAAGGAGUUGCAGCUUGAUCUUCAAACUCUGAACAAGAUUUUCCCUGUUUUGGACGAUCUCUUGGAGUUCCACACAGAAUUCCUCUCAUUGCUCCUGGAGAGAAAAAGAAAUGCAUCAACCGAGAGACAGAAAAGCAACAACUUCCUCAUCUGCAGCAUUGGAGACAUCUUAGUUAAACAGUUUUCAGGCUGCAGCUCUGUCCGCAUGACAAAAGUUUAUGGCAAGUUUUGCAGUCGCCACAACGAAGCCGUCAGUCUGUACAAAGAACUGCACGCCAAAGAUAAACGCUUCCAGGCUUUCGUCAAGAGAACAAUGAGCAGCAGUGUUGUGCGGCGGCUCAGCAUCCCAGAGUGUAUUUUGUUGGUGACUCAGAGGAUCACCAAAUAUCCUGUUCUGAUCCAGAGGAUCCUUCAGCACACCAAAGAGUCAGAUAAGGAGCACGGCUUGGUUUCUGACGCGCUGCGCCUUGUGAAGGAGCUGAUUACGGCUGUGGAUAAUAAAGUCAACCAGCAGGAGAAGAAACAGCGCCUGAAGGAGGUGUACAGUCGCACUGACAGUAAGUCCAUCAUGAGGAUGAAGAGUGGUCAGAUGUUCGCUAAAGAGGACCUGAUCAGAGGGAGGAAGCUGCUGCACGAUGGAGCGCUGCAGCUGAAAAACUCUGCAGGAAGACUCAAAGAAGUCCACGCCAUGCUCCUGACAGAUGUGCUGGUCUUUCUUCAGGAAAAAGACCAGAAAUAUGUAUUUGCCUCAUUGGACCAGCGCUCCACGGUCAUCUCCUUACACAAACUCAUUGUAAGAGAAGUGGCAAAUGAGGAGCGAGGUCUGUUUCUGAUCACAGCUGGCACAGAAAAGCCAGAAAUGGUGGAGGUGUUGGCCAGCAGCAAGGAGGAGCGCAACACAUGGAUGGCCAUUAUACAGGACGCUAUGCAGUGCAUGGAGAAAGAUAAGGAUGAGGGACUCCCAAGUGAGACGGAAGAAGACCGGAGACACCAGGAGAACAGAGCAAAGGAGAUCCGCGAGCUUCUGCAGAGGAAGGAUGAGCAGAUUAUCAGUCUAUUGGAGGAGAAGAUACACAUCUUUAGAGAGCUGGGUAACUGCAGUCUGUCUCCAGAGGAUGCUAACACAUCGGUCAUGGAGCGGAUGUUGUUCAGAGCCACACCUGAUAACGUCACCAAAGGAGAGCCGGUCAUAAAUGAUGCUGUGAGAGAAGUGGAGGCCCUGCAUGCUUUGGUCAGCGGAGGUUUUGGUGCAGCGGCCUGCGGUCCAGGCGGCCUGACAGGGGGCGCCGUGGGACCAGUCUGCCUGCCCAGACGAGCGGAGACGUUUGGAGGCUUCGACAGUCAUCAGAUGAACAGCAGCAAGAAUGGAGAAAAGGAAGAGGGCGAGGAGUCAGUGGACCUCCGCAGGACUGAGUCCGACAGCGUGCUGAAGAAGGGAGCCACUGCCAGCCUGCAGACCCUGCUAAAGAGAAACAAUGAACAGCUCCAGCGCAGUGUGACACGUCUCCAUGAGCUGCUCAUUUCCCUGCAGGCUGUGGUCAUCCAGCAGGACUCAUUUAUUGAGGACCAGAGGCAAGCCCUGAGCAGCCAACUCAGCACCACCUCCUCCAGACAGUCCAUCUCUUCCUCCUCCUCCUGCUCCUCGCUCUCAUCCUCAACUAGCUCGCGCCCCUCCUCCCUCAUUGAGCAAGAGAAGCACAGGAGUUUGGAGAGGCAGCGGCAGGAGGUGGCCAGCCUGCAGAAACAGCAGGCUGCACAUCAGGAAGAAAAGAGGAAACGAGAGAGAGAGUGGGAGCUGAAAGAGAGAGCUCUGGCAGAUCGGGAGGAGAGGCUGGGGGAGGAAGAGGAGCAGACGAGGCGGAAAUGUCGGGAGCUGACAGAAGAGAUGCAGAUGUUACAGAGGAGCAAAGAAGAGUACCAGAGAGACGUGGAGUGGCUGAGGGAGGCGCAGAGGAGGCUGGAGAGAGACGAGGAGGCUCUGAGGAGAGACAAUCAGAAGGUGGACGCAAAUAGAGAGCAGUUGGAGGAGCUUCAGAGGUACCAGCGCACUCCCUCCACAAACUCAGACGACUCCUUAAGGUUCCACAGCACCGGGUCCCUGGAUCUGGAUUUAAAAGAAAUAGCAGAACAAGCCAAAGAGGUGGAGCUCUCAUCCUCCGCCCCAACCAAAGAACCUUUCCUCCGCAUUGGAUCCAAGAGGAUGAGCAAAAACUUCAACCCCUUCUCCUCUAAGGCUCAGGGAGCAGAGAAGGAGUCCCAGCUCCCCUCCAGACUACUUCAACUGACCAAAUCCAAAGAGAAGAAGGAGAAAAAGAAGAAAGGAAAAGGAGGGAAGGACGCGCAGACAGAAAACAAAGGUGCAGUGAUGUUGGAUUCUCCAAACGACAGUGACUUCUUCAUCUGAAGAGUGAACUCCUAACACCCAGUCGCACAGCUGACAGUGUGUGUCUGUCUCUGUCUGCUUGGCCCCAGACAUUGCCCCAGCCUUCCCGUCACACAGACUGUACCAUCAAAGGUCAAAGGUCGGGCAGGGUAACACACUGACUUAGCUGAAGUCUUUCCCAAGGUAACAGACUGCUCUGGAGACUAUCCUGCCCACGCUCCAAUAAUGCCAAACUGGAUGGAUUCAGAAGAGUUUGUCCAGCAGCAGGUCCGAACAUCGACAGCACCUGAGCCUGGAAAAGCUUAACUUGACCAAUCACAAGCAAGAUUUCUUUUAAGUGUUGCUGAAGCUAACUUUUGUUGCUUGUUGUGCACUCCUUACUUGUAGAACACACACACACACACACACACAGCAGGUUAAACCAUCAUUCAUUGUGAAUGAAACAGACCCCUUAAAUUAAAAAAUCUGUGUUUAUUUGAUCUUGAGCUGAAGUGCCUUCCAUGUGUCUGGUACAUCACUGGCAGCAGGUAUACGUGUAGCAGCAGUUAAUCUGAUUUGUAACAAAGUACUGAUGAAAUGUACAUUAUACAGAGCUGACCCUGCACUGUUUACAUGUCAGUGUAGCAAGCUUCCUGCUCAUUUCAUUGGUCCUUCAUUUCUGCCCAAGCUAUCAUUUCAGACCCGGCAGCAACAUAUCUAAAGCAUGCACUGACCCGGGCUCUCCCAUCACAGUCACCAAACUCUUAUACGCUGAUUUAAAUUCAACUUAAGAUUUUAAUAACGAAACUGGACAUUUUAUUAGACAGAUGGUUCACAAACCCAGCCAAGAGUGAAAUCAAAGAAGGACAACUGUUAUAUUAGAACACUACAUACCUCUGCAUGUGGACAAGGGUCCACUCUAACCCCCAUUUCUAUUGCCUUUAUUCACCCUCACAAAGCCCUGCCGGUGUGCAUAACACACCCAUCAUACACUGGACACCCACAGGCUCGUGUGCUCCAUCCACCUGUGUGGGGAAUGACAGUCGAGGUCGAGACAUUGCUUUACUUACUGCUGCACUCACUUGUUAUGUUUACUCUACAUGAAGCUUAAUAUUCCUAUUCUUUUUAAUAGAAGCACCUGACUCUUACUAAACAGCCCAAUGCUGAAAAGUGGAACAAACACGUGAGAAGAAGACUUCUGUGAUACACACCACUGGUUUGAAUCUGCUUGUGUGCAUUCCCCUGUGUUGACAGCUGCUUCUCGUCAUGACAAAAAUGGCGUGUCCUUGCUGAACUGCUCCUCUUUGAACAACAGAUAACAGAGCCAUUACGAGGAAGCCAGUCAAACAUGCCAAAGAGAAGAGUCCAUUAAAUAUUCAUCACUUGUGCUUCUGUUUUUCUGCAGCGUUAUGUUUCCAGAUAACUGGAUUCUCCCAGUGCAUCACACAGGGAGGCUCGCUCAGGGCGUGUACAUGAUUAUAUGUAGCCUUCAGUGUCAUAUUUCCGAGGGCGGGGUUAAUGCAGCAAAAGUGCUUUAGCUCUGCUCUAACCAGGUAGUACUCUAACCAAACAGCAGAGGUGAGAACAAAAAAAACAAAUAAAACCAACACUGAAAGACUGACACUCCUGCAUUACACUUUCAAGCUCGUGGCGCUCCGUGACGCUGAUGUAGUGUCUGCUCACAGAUAACAGAGGACAGAGAUGGCAGCACGGGAUGCUCGACAGUGACAGCACAGUGGUUUAACAGAGACGUGAGGAACUAGUCAGCAGUAAGAUCAGGUAUAUAAACAGUACAUGCUAAAUUGUGUAGUAUUUUUACACCAGCAGCAGUCUGACCUUUGUUUACACGGUCUCUUUGAAUAGAGGCUGACGAGAUUUUGAUGAGAGGCUAAAGAAGCAUUUCUGCUAAUAUCCAUUUCUUUUUAGUGCAGUAAUUCAAAAACUGCAGAAAUAGAGGUUUAAAAAAUAGUUUUGCACUUGGAUGGAAGUAUGUGUGGGUGUAGUAUAUGAGCAGCAGGUAAAUGACUGAGAAGAAACCAUUAAGGAUGAUACAUAACAAGCCCAUUAAUACAUUAGUCAUGUUUUUGUGUUGAGUGGCACAAAUCAUGUUAACCCUGUAAAGCCUGAACCAAUCAUUACUAGAAAAUUACAUUUAUAAAACAAAUGUAGUUCAUUAAAACUACUGACAAUUUUUCUUAAAGAACUUAAAUAUUAUUUUGCAUAUAUGUGGUUGUUUUUAUUUAGGUUUUUUUUUACUAUUUAUUGUUGAUUUGUUGAGCAAGUUAUUUGUUUUUCGGCGGGGAGAAAGUCUCAAAGACUCAUCUAUCAAAUAUGAAACAGUUGGCAUUAUAGGGUCAAAGACACGUUUCACACUCACAACCAAACAGAUGAUCACUGAUGGAUUUUAGUGGAGCAGACACUCCAGCACCACCCACCCACCCACCACACAGCAGUACAGUGUUAUCAGUGUACACUGAUCCCUCAACAAACAAGCUCAGUCACUGACACUGCCUCUGUGUUGUUCCCGUGCACUAAAAAUAUUUCUAAAGCCAUUAAAAAUUAAAGUUUCACCAUCUUUCUCGCUGUGUGUGGGAUCGUCUUGAAAGGUUUUUGGAAUAAAAACACGAGGUACAAAGUUUCUGUUUUAUUUCCAAAGAAAAAAGAUGGAGGCAGAGCAACACAUUUUGUAAAUAUGUACAAAUUUCAAGUGAGAGAAAAGCUUUAUUUGUCUACUUUCUUCCUGAUCUGGAAAUAUAAUGUUCAAUCCUAAUAAAUUACUAUGCUAUUG